AUGUCUGAUUCAAUUCUUCUUUCAAAGAUAAUUGUUGAUCUGGAAUGGCCGAUAGCACGUGAACUGUUACAAACGAAAUAUGACUUGUCGAUUGAUGAGACCGAGAAGUUGUUUUGUGCUAAGUAUACACAUGACAGCCGCCUAUGGUCACACGGCAGCGACGAACAGAAGCUUAUUCUGACACAAAAUCGUGGUGCAAUUUAUGAAAAAACUCCUCCGUAUCGCUUAGUUUGCUUGCCGUUCUAUAAGUUUUGGAAUUAUAACGAAUCUCAUGCAAGUACUGGUACUUGGACAUCGUUUACUGAAAAACUAGAUGGCUCAUUCUUUAAAGUUUACUAUUUUGAAAAUGAAUGGCACGUGAGUAGUAAUAGUCGAAUUGAUAUCAAACAAUAUCGAGAAAAAUACCUUCGAUCGGGUAAAACAAAUGAACAGUUAUGGCAAGAAGCAUCCGUAGCAGCUGGACUUGAUUACUCAAAACUAAAUCCAAGAUAUGCCUAUUUCUUCGAACGUGUCCAUCCAGAUUACACCAUUGUUAUUCAUUACGAACAACCAAUGUUAUAUCAUAUAGGUACACGUGAUAUGUCGACAUUAGAAGAAAUAGAUGUCGAUAUUGGAGUUCGAAAGCCGCGUUCACUUCCCUUCUCUCAAUUGAGUGAAUGUUUACAGUAUGUGAAUAAGAUGAGUGCCAUGGAAGGAGAAGGCAUUGUUGCUUGUGACGUGCGGACAUAUCAUCGAAUCAAGAUCAAGAGUCCAUCGUACUUGCUGAUUCAUUCACAAACAGUGGGAAUAAAGACUCAAAAUAAUGUAAGACAAUUCUGUUUGAAUAUUUGGUUGCAAGGUGAAAAACAAGAAUAUCUCAGUUACUUUCCGCAGUACGUUCAAGAUUACGAUCUGGUGGAAAACGAACUGGAACAAUCGAUUAUACCAAAUAUUAUCGAUGAAUUCACGAAAUUGUAUAGCAGCGAUAGCAAGGAAUUCUUCCGUAAUCUCAAUCGAAAUUAUCCAUCAUCAGGCAAGCCAGAUCAAGAUCGGAAACGACAAAUAUUCACAAAUAUAUUUCAUCAAUGUUUCAACGACGAUUGGUUGACUUUCGAUGAUGAGCGAAAGUGUGUGAUUGUACGCAUUAUAUUCAAACAACGCAAUCGAGAUAAUCCAAACAAGUUCAUCUUUGAAAAGUAUCUCUCGUCAGUCAUGAACUUUAGUGUAAAAUAG